UGCCAUGAAGAGACGAUACAUGUUACGACAUGUGGGUCUGGAAUUAUUCUCCCGAGGGGGUCAGAGUAUAUUUCUGGUCCUCUCCUCCACGUCAAAGAGGAACAGUCUCUAUGAUAAGUUGGUGGGGGUGAGGGGUGUGUCCCUACAGGUUCCUGAUCUGACUGAUGCUACUCAGAAGUGGCAAACUGGAGAAAUAUCUAAUUAUGAUUACCUCAUGUUCCUUAACUUUGUUGCUGAUCAGAGUUUCAAUGAUAUUAUGCAAUACCCUGUGUUGCCAUGGAUACUCGCUGACUACACUAGUACUACCCUAGAUCUAACAAAACCGGAUACAUUCAGAGAUUUAUCUAAACCAAUAGGAGCACUGAAUGAAGAGAGACUAGCAUUCUUUAAAGAUCGUUAUGCUGAGAUGUCUGGAAGGAAGUUUCUCUAUGGCACUCACUACUCAGCACCUGGUUAUGUACUGUACUAUCUAGUCAGAACUGUCCAGCAGUGUGUUCCAGUGUAUCCUGUAUUACAGGUACAGUUACCAUACAGUACAGUUACCAGGUCAAUUGUCAUAGCAACGCUCAUUAGGUUUCCAUGUGAUCAUGAAUCCCAGUACAGGUGUGCCAGGAAGGUAUCAACAGUGAUAUGUGUCCAUGAUGUACAGUGUCUUGAACCUGAUUGUAAUAACCACGGGUCAUGUGACAUGGGGGCGUGUUCAUGUGAGUCACCAUGGACCGGAGAUACUUGUGGAUCUGUUAACUGUUCAUUGACUGAUUGUAAUGGACACGGAAUAUGUAUGGAGGUGUUAAGUGAGUUUGUAUUUCUUAUAUUCAUAGAAUGUAAGAAAGGUUAUUAUGGAGUCAACUGUGCUCAGAAGUGUGUGUUUCCUGAUUGUUCUGGUAAUGGACAUUGUUCUAUAGUCAAUGGACCAUGUUUAUGUAACAAGGGUUGGACUGGUAUAUCUUGUAGUAUAACGCUAAUAGAAAAUAAUCAAAUGAAUACAUCCUCUACCUUAUUUAUCACAUCAUCAUCAUCAUCAUCAUUAUUAGCUGAUACUCCUAAUGCUAGUACUGCAGUGCCAAUGAUGAACUCAAUCUCCUCAUUACUGUCUCCUACUAAUGAUGUGUCACUACAGGAUAUUACUGUAUUGAAUAAUGAUAAUAAAUCUAUUGAUGGUUGUAAUGGAACUAAUAAUAGUAGUUCAUCUCCUCCAGUUAAUUACAGUGCUAACGAUGAUGAUAAUCAAUUUAUUAUUAUUAUUAUAUUAAUUGGUUUAAGUACUGUCACUAUACAUGUUAUACUGUGUGCCAUUCACAUAUGUUGUCAUGGUAACGGAGAGAUAAAGUUUAACAAGUCAGAGAUAAAGAGAGAACUGAUGGAGAGGAGAGAAUGGGAACAGAUCAUGUUACAGAACAGCAACUGGAAUAGCAGCACUGAUGAAGAUUAA